UUGCUUCAGAUAAUUAAUUUAUGCGACAGUUUUGACAACGACAAUGCAGUUGAAGGUUUACCAGAACUGUUCUGUGAUCCUAAUAGCAUAUCUAUUGUAUUCAAAUCACAGAAACCAUUUGUUGGUCGAACCUUUGUCAAAGGAUAUGUUUUAAAUGAACGCUGUGUUCAGUAUGGUGAAGGAAAUACAGCUCACCGAUUUACAGUUCCUCUUGACCAAUGUGGAGUCCGACGUUAUCGAGAGUUUAAUGGUCUUAGCGCUACAACAACGGUGAUUAUUUCUUUCCAUAAGCUUUUUAUAACAAAAAUCGAUAAAGCAUACCAUCUCCGAUGCUUUUACAUAGAAUCACUUCAAACACUUUCUCAACAUAUGGAUGUCAGCGCAAUGACAACUGUGGAAUUGGUUAAACAGACUAAACUUCCUGUGUGUCGGUAUGAAAUUCUAACGGGCGGACCAGCGGGAAAACCAGUUCAGUUCGUCAGAGUUGGCGAUGUUGUCUACCACAAAUGGAGCUGUAAACCGACUGCAGAAGAACUUUAUUGCAUGAAAGUACAUUCAUGCGUCGUCUACGACGGUCAAGGAGGGGACAGUGUCGAGUUGGUGGAUAAAAAUGGAUGUGCCUCUGAACCGACAGUUCUACCAGAUUUAGAAUACCUUGGAGAUUUGAUAACCGGGCAGCAAACCAAUGUUUUCAAAUUUGCUGACCGUUCCAGUCUAUAUUUCAGUUGCCAAAUUGAAUUGUUGGUCAAAGAUCCUUAUACAAAAUGCGCAAGUGCGAGACCACAGUGUAAACUGCAAACGUCAAAUACAGCAACAUCUGAAGAAGACGAAGGAGUAUCUGAUGAAGAGUAUUCAGCUUCUAUGGCUUCUGCGGCUCCUGAUGAACAACUUUAUGAUAUCUUACCAAUUUUUAAAGAUACUGUAAAGGGCUUACGUAAGAUAGCAAAUGUAGAUUUGCCUGAACAGUCGCUAAUAGUUUUUGGUGUUGAAAGCGAUCGUUUACCAAUCGGUCCAUUUAAGCAGCACUGUGAAGUUACCGGUGCAAGAAACAUUAUGCAUCAAAAUCUUCUUGGUUAG